AUGCGCGGCCAAACAGAAGAACUCUCCGAGUUUGAGAAGCAGCGACUCGCGAACAUCGCAGAGCGCGACGCCCUCCUCAAGAAACUCACACUCGAAGCGCAAUCCUCCGGUCUUUUCGCAAAAUCAUCUCCUAAGACGACCACCACCACCGGUGCCAAAAAGGAUGCUACCUCUUCACGAUCUAAAAAGAAGGCCGCUCCCCGUAUCAAAAAGGAGGAUGAAGCGCCCCCAGUGCGCCGCAUGUCGUCCCGUCUGCGCGGUAUUACGGCCGACAGCGAGGUUGCAAAACGCAAGGCAGAUGUAGCGUUUGAAGAGGCGCAAAACGUUGAGCGAGCGAAGAGGAUGCGCAAGUCUGAUUUUUUCACGCUGGAUAAUAUGUUGGUCUCCGGCCAGAAGCUAAGCGGCGACGCUCUCAUCGGGAUCGAUGUGGUCACCAAGGGAGUCGCGAAGCCAUAUGAAAGAACAUUUGGAGAUGAGGAUGUUAAAAAGACGACGGACAAGGAGCUUAAAGCGCUUAGAGAGGAAAUGAGUAAUCUGCAAUUGUGGGAUCAAUGGGAGCCAAAUAGUCUCAAGAUGACGCCCGAACGAAUCUACACAAUGACAUUCCAUCCCUCUGAAACGAAGCCGUUGGUUUUCGCUGGCGAUAAAAUGGGUCACUUGGGUAUAGUCGAUGCAUCACAGAAACGGCCAGAGAUCGGGGAGGAUGAGGACGAGGAGCCAGACGCCUCAAUAACAACGCUCAAACCUCACACUCGUACCAUUAGUUCAAUGGUCAUACCACCGCAAAAGCCCACGCAUCUCUAUACCGCGAGCUAUGACAGUUCCAUCCGAGAAAUGGAUCUCGAGAAAACGACAUCUGAAGAAAAAUACGCGCCGGAGACUAGAUCCAUGGACGAACCCAUUUCGGGUAUCGACAUGGCCUCUGAUGACCCCAACUGUAUUUACUGGACAACCCUUAGUGGGUCAUUCAGCCGCUAUGAUCUACGCAGCUCCAAGAAGAGCAACUCAAUCACCGAAUGGCAGCUUUCAGAAAAGAAAAUCGGCGGGUUUUCGUUGCUUCCAUCGCACCCACACUUUUUUGCAACGGCGAGUCUUGACCGUACAAUGCGCCUGUGGGAUUUAAGAAAACUCUCUCAUGAAAACCCAGAGCCCGUUGGCUAUCACGAGAGUCGAUUGUCGGUUUCCCACGCAGCUUUCAAUACCCAGGGCCAGAUUGCUACUUCUUCUUACGAUGACUCUAUCAAACUGUAUGAUUUUGCAAACAAGGGCAUUGCAUCGUGGGAAAUAGGUCACAAGCUAGACGACAAGGAAAUGAAGCCCGACACCGUUGUGAGGCAUAAUUGCCAGACUGGCCGCUGGGUUACCAUACUCCGACCCCAGUGGCAACAAAACCCCCAGUCUUCUAUUCAGCGUUUCUGUAUUGGGAACAUGAACCGUUUCGUUGAUAUCUACAGCUCCAAUGGAGAUCAACUAGCUCAACUAGGGGGCGAAGGGAUCACUGCUGUUCCAGCUGUCGCUGUUUUCCACCGAAGCAAGAAUUGGGUUGCUGGCGGAACGGCUAGUGGGAAACUGUGUUUAUGGAUGUAA